UAAUAUUACGGCAAACAUUUUCCAUGAAAAUGAAAUGGAGAGCGAGAGAAUGGGAGCACAACAUCCAACAAACCUGUGCGGACAGCGCUUUCUCUUCAACAGCUUCUCCGUAGCCAUAGCCAAAGCCAAAUAUACAGUACUGAAUCCACUUUCUCUUUGCCCUAUCCAAUCCGCCUCUUCCUCGCUUCUGUUGCCGCAUCGCAUCCAUGGAUUGAGUGCUCUGUAAUCGGUAUGCAUCAAUUAUUCUACCUCCCCACAUCUCCAGUUGGUAUGGCCUCAGAUCUGAUAGAAAAUUCUGGUCCUGACUUCUGGUGCAAUAGCUUUGAAACAUUAGGAAAGUGAAAGCUUGGCAAGUGCAAGUUCCCAGGACUCCCCCCACCACAUUUAAAACUGAGGAAACCAUGGAUUUGGUUGGAAGCAGCAGUUCAGUGGUCCCUGAAAGAUCUGAAUCAAGUCCAGCAGGAAAUGUACAAGCAAGGAGGCAUACAGGUGAAGGGACCAUUCUACCAUUUUUGUCUGCUAACCUAUAGAUCCUAUUACCAUUUUACACAACAGAGCCUCCCAGCUUGUAAGCCCGUAUUGACACCUGCUUUGGUUAUUUCUGUUUUUCUGUUAACGGGUAUUCUUUUCAUUCCAGUUGGGCUUGUUGUCCUUCAAGCUUCCCGUAGUGUUGUUGAAAUUGUAUACAGAUAUGAUACUGAAUGUGUGCCCGUGUCAUUUAGAAAUAAUAUGGUGGCAUAUAUCAAAGAUAGUUCAGCCUCCAAAAGUUGUUCCUUUUCCUUAGAGAUCAACAAGACUAUGAAAGCUCCAAUUUUUAUCUACUAUCAACUAGAUAACUACUAUCAGAACCACCGACGUUAUGUCAAAAGUAGAAGUGAUAAGCAGCUCUUACAUGGACUGGCAUACAACGAUACAAGUUCCUGCAAACCAGUACAGUCGCAUAAUGGUAUUCCAAUUGUCCCUUGUGGGUUGGUAGCAUGGAGUUUGUUCAAUGAUACGUACAAGUUUGUCCUUGGGAGAUCUGAAUUGAAGGUGAACAGGAAGAACAUUGCAUGGAAAAGUGACCGCAAACACAAAUUUGGAAAGCAUGUAUAUCCUUUUAACUUCCAAAAUGGAACCUUGAUCGGUGGUGGAAACCUGGAUCCAAAUAUUCCUUUGAGUGAUCAUGAAGAUCUAAUUGUCUGGAUGCGCACUGCUGCUCUUCCAAGCUUCAGAAAGUUAUAUGGUAGACUUGAAGAAGAUUUGCAUGCUGAUGAUGUUCUAGAAGUCAAGCUAAUGAACAACUACAACACUUACACCUUUGGUGGUAGAAAGAAGCUUGUCAUUUCAACAUCAAGCUGGAUGGGGGGAAGAAAUGAUUUCCUCGGAUUUGCCUACAUUUUUGUGGGAUCUUCUUCGCUAUUGAUUUCUUUAUUCUUCACAUUGCUUCACAUGAAAUCGAGGCCGUACGGGGAAACAAACUAUUCUUCGUGGAAUAAAAUGGGCGGUUCGAGUUAAAUGAUAUAUUGCUGUGAGAAGCAUCAAGGAACUAGAGCAGUUGGUUUCCACAGAAUCCAGCACACUUUUUUCUCUUAUUGGGGGUGUAAAUUUUAAAGAACAGAAUUAUAAUUUAGGAGUGACUUAGUAUGUUAUUUUACUUCUAACCCAGUACAGGGCGACCAUUAUGUUUGGAAUUGGAUUCAAAUUACUAGGGUUGAAUCUGGGAACCAUUUUUCAUUGUAAAUGUGCUCUGAUGUAGCCGUAUAUGGCCUUUGGGAUAGCUUAUUAAAUCUUAAAAGUUUAGCUUUAUAGUUGUAUUUCUUUUAAAACAUCUUUUACUGUGUAUUAACUACAAGUUACUAUUA